AUAGGCGAUACUGCCAUUUUACACAUGAAGUUUAACUGAAAAAAUGAAUAAUCAGCUACCUAACAAAAAUCAUUUGUAAAAAUGUAAGAACCAUUUGUAAAUGCCUUCAGAUUAAAACAUAUGGAACACGGCAAUUAAAGGAUACGGAAAAACUCGGUGUCACUGCUACAAGACCUCGACACGAUCACAGGGAAGCUUGAGAGAAAAUACACUAAUCAUAUGCUAUUUUGUAACGUCUUCAAAAUCAGUCUAGCAGCAAUCAUCUAACCAGCGCGAACGUUGUGUGAUCACCAACCGAGCAUUGGUAGGCUAACUAAUCAAUGAUUGCUGCUGUUCAUGUAGUAUACUGUACUGGCUGUAGACUAACCGGCAUCAUCACCAUUAGAAAGCUUUUAUGGGGAUACAUUCACGACCAUCCGAACGAAUCAUUAUCCGCUGAUUUCGGUGUGCUCGGUUUUGGAUAAGGUUUUUGGAUUUGUAUGUGUGGACCAUUGGAUUGCCAAUAAAAUAUAUGGUUUACUGACUGUAGCCGUAUAUUUUAUUUGGCUGCCGUAUGAAUUCUGCCAUCGGAUUCGCGUCAGUGUACGUUUUUUGUUUCCAGACGGGCAAUCUGUUUAGAGGGCACGCUCCCAAUCACCACUAAAGACAUUUUGAUUUCUAAUUCCCCGAUUACUUGCUUUUGGAACAUGUCUGGACAGUCUAUCACGGAUCGGAUCGCUGCGGCUCAGCACAGCAUGACAGGAUCCGCUAUAAGCAAAGCCGUCUGCAAGGCCACGACGCAUGAAGUCAGCGGACCAAAGAAGAAACACCUUGACUACCUGAUCCACUGCACCAACGAGCUGAACGUGAGUGUCCCCCACCUGGCUGACACAUUGUUUGAGAGGACGGCCAACAACAGCUGGGUGGUGGUGUUCAAAUCCCUCAUCACCACGCACCACCUCAUGAUGUACGGCAACGAGCGAUUAAUCCAGUACCUGGCGUCCAGAAACACACUUUUUAACCUGAGCAACUUCUUGGAUAAGGGGGCAUUACAAGGUUAUGACAUGUCAACGUUCAUCAGACGCUACAGCAGGUAUCUGAAUGAGAAGGCCCUGUCCUACAGACUGGUGGCUGUGGACUUUACCAAGAUGAAGAGAGGGGUUGAUGGUAUGAUGCGCACCAUGACCGUUGACAAGCUGAUCAAGACUCUACCUAUCAUUCAGAAUCAGCUGGAUGCUCUGCUGGACUUUCAGGCUAACUCUAAUGAAUUGACCAAUGGCGUCAUCAACAGCGCCUUCUUGCUGCUCUUUAAAGACUCCAUCCGCCUCUUUGCUGCCUACAAUGAAGGAGUUAUCAACAUGCUGGAGAAAUAUUUUGACAUGAAGAAGAACCAAUGCAAAGACGCCCUGGAGAUCUAUAAGACGUUUCUGAACAGAAUGACCAAGCUGUCAGAGUUUCUCAAAGUUGCAGAGCAAGUUGGAAUUGAUCAGGGUGACAUCCCCGAUCUCACACAGGCCCCUAGCAGCCUCCUGGAAGCUCUGGAGCAGCAUCUGGCCUCUCUGGAGGGGAGGAGAACCAAGGAGCUCUCCACAGACACCAGAGCCAGCACCUUAACCAAUGCUGUAUCGUCACUGUCCAGUACUGGAAUCUCCCUCAGCCUCAUGGAACAGAAGGAGGACCCGAACAGCCUCCAGGAUGAGGGAGCCAAGGUGAUUGACAUGCAGACACCCACCAUCUCUCCCAGUGCCCAGUCAGUGGGCAGUGCCAGCAGCGGGGCCACAGAACUCUUCUCCAACUCAUCUGUUCUAUCCGGGACAAAUAACGUGCCAAACCUCACCAGCGACCUAUUCAACGUCCAGCCCGCCUACAACCCAACCAUCCAGACAACACACACUGUACCGUCUAACAGCAACGCCUGGGGAGGUUUGGCGCUCCCAGGGGAUCUUCUGAAGCCAGCUCAGCCGACACACGUCCACUCCCACAGCCCUGGGAUCCCACUGCACUCUGGGGGGAAGAUGAUACCCAGCCACCUGGACUCCUCUUUAGCCACCCUCGUUGGUAACUUGCAGUUCGGAGAAAUACCAGCCAAAAAGCCAGAGCUCCAGUGGACCCACCUGGUAGAGAAGAGGCCCACAGGGGGGACUCACUGGCAGGCCAAAACCACCUGCACCACCCCCAACUGGAGCCACCACACACUCAUGGCUCCUCAAGCUAUGCCCAUACCACAGCUGAAUGGAAUGAUCUAUACUGGCUAUGCUCCAGCACCAGUCGCUUUUCCCAUGACGACACAGCAACUGCCUGUUUAUGGAAUGAUGCCUCCUCAUCAGAUGGGGCAGAUGGGUGGAGUCCCUAUGAUGGCACCACAGUCUAUGAUGUACAACCAGCCUGUCCUGCGACACACCAAUCCAUUUGCCCCCAUGCCAGGAGCCCAGGCUUAUUUUCCUAUGCAGAUGCACUUCAUGUAGGACCGGGAGUAAUUUACCAUGACAGCAAAGCAGAGAGACAAAACAAACCAAUCCAGAACCAAAUACAAUGCAAGAUAGAGGAGCAGAAGAUCGGGGUGGAGACUGGAGAUGUGUUGGUGUCUGUGCUCUUUCAGUGGCCUCUGUGGAAUGGAACCUCUGUCACAUUGUGUAUCAUGACUGAUAGUCCCAUCCAAGUCUUUUGAAAAGUCACAGCUCACAUUCAUUCUGUAUUUUAUUUGAUCAUUUGAAUGGGUAAUGUUCUGUCUGUUGAACCCCUGGUAUGAUGACUGCUGUAUUCCAGUUUGGAGCUUGGCCCUUUGUAGUGAAUUCCAGACAACUGCCAGCCCCCAUCCACCGGUGUCUAUCUCUUUCUCUAAGAGUUUCACGCACUUUAAUCAAUGUCUACAUGCGCAUUGUCCACCCUAGCAUCUCAUACAAACCACUACAGUGCCGCUACGUCUUUCCUCUCCAACUUCCUGUCAGAGUUGCUGUUGCCAUCGUUGUAACAUGGAUAAGUGUGUCCUUUUUUUGUGUGUAUUUAAAUCAAUGUACACCACCAUCAGUAUUCAUUCCAUGUUGUUGUUAACUGCAGAUUCCACAGCCAGUUGUAGUAAGACCUUGGAUAAAUGGCUUGGAGACACAUGUUGUGUGUAUGUACUGUGUAUCUGUCUGAUGGUUAGGUAGCACUCAGACAUCUAAAUGUACAAAGGCUAUUGUGUAUUGUUUUCAUAGGUUCCUGUGAAAGCUGUGGUCUGCAUGGCAUUGACUGGCCACUGCUAGUUCGAAAUGGAGAACUCCAUGUCUACAUACAUCCACAAACUGAAAGUAUUACUCAUAUGAAAGCAAUGAAGAAGGCCCACUCAUAAUUUCAUAUGUAACGUCAUAACACAUUCCGCCUCUGCUGUCCCGUCCAUUGUUCGCUCUGCUUGAGGUUGUUUUAUAUGAUCCAUGUUUCUUGAGCUGCUACCACAGAUUUUGCUCUUUGAAACUGGUUGCGUUUUAUAGAUAGAUGUGCUGUUCUUGUAAUGGUCCUACCAGUCUUGCCCUGUCUGUGAGUAAAUGUUGGGAGAGUGCGUUCUUUGUUUUUCUUCUCCAGCUAAAUGUACUGCUCCAGGUUGAGGCCUACUGAGUGGUUGUGUUUCUGAGUGGCAGUUAUUGUAGUGUAGCUCCUCACCAACCACUGGGGAAUGUUGUUGAGGAGCUCUUUCUGAGACUGCGUCCUGAGACAGUGAAACUGACACUCGCUCUAGUGAAUCAGCAACUAUCUGACAUACCGUUGCUAACUCCAGCCCCAGAGAGAGCCCAGCUGUCCGGAACUUUAGCAGAAGGCAGGGGACAAGUGAGGAGGAAGUACAGGGAUCUGUAAAUGUGAUCAAGGGUCAUGUCUGUCAAACUCCCAAAAGAACUAACGGUGACAGACAGCAUAUAUAGCACAAACCCUGGAGGGGUGAGCGUUCUACUGCACAAAACUAAAACCAUUGCUGGGAUGUACAGUCGAAGGGGCUGGGGAAAACUGUGUUUUCUAUUGAUUGUGUUUCUCUAUGUCCAUGCCUUCCCCGUGAGUUAAACAGGGUAGUGAUCCUCCACGAGGCCUCCCAGCUCCUGGGUCCUCCGAGGUCAAUGAGGUCACUGAAGUCAUCCAGGCAAUCCGGUAGCGUGUAUUUAGCAAUGAGUAGUCAAGUGUCGUAACGUGUCUCAAUACAUGUCCGUCUGUUAGAUUGCUAUAGAGCCUCUCAUUCUGCUAAUCAUUGGCCUGUCGGACUACUGCAUUCUGAUCUGUGACCAGCCCACAUUGUGUAGAUGUUAUUAGAAACGUUGUAGUUCAGUCUCAAUGUCCUCUGUGUCAGUUAAAUGGUUUCAUGCAAGUUUGUGCAGUCCCAUAGACCAAUUCUGACCGUUCUGCUGUCCUCUGUAUAUAACCUCAUGUGUUUUUGAUGUGUUCUCUGUAAGUGAUGGCCCAUGGAGAUGUGAUGGGCUGUUAUAGCUGUGUCUGUGGUGGGGUUAUUGUGUUUGGAGAUGCCAUGGGUUGUUAUAGCUGUGUCUGUGGUGGGGUUAUUGUGUUUGGAGAUGCCAUGGGUUGUUAUAGCUGUGUCUGUGGUGGGGUUAUUGUGUUUGGAGAUGCCAUGGGCUGUUCGUCUGUAAUGUUUGUCUACAUCUUGAUGAGGGAUGGGGGUUGGGCUCAACAGUAUCACAACUUGUCUACCAAGAGUGUCUUCAUUGUGGCAGUGGACACUGUCCUCUCAGUCCGUACAGGAACAUUUUGCACCAAAGUCAUCAAGCGCAGCUUUUCUCAAGGUCACAUUGCUGAUAUCCAAUUUGAAGGAAUUUGAUUUCAGAGACACAAGUCUUUAUGCAUGAUUAGUGUUGUCUUUUUAUUGACUUGUGUGCCCGGUAAAAAGCAUGAUCAUGUGUGAAAUUGCACUUACCGUGUGUUUGCAAAACAAUAUUUUACUUACCUCUUUACAGAAGCAUCCAUUGGAAUUCAUAAAUGUUUGUCCCACCAGAUAUCCAGACGUCUGUGUUGCAUUCGAAAUGCAAUUCGGAAGCUCUAUCAAAUCAGUUCUGAGACCACACGUUUGUGAAACAACAUGAAUGUGAAUGACAUGCAUCACCUAGCUAGCUAGACAUUAGUCUGCAAAACCCCUCUUUAUUAAAGCGUUGCUAUUUGCAAUACAUUUGUUGAAUGCUUGCUCUUUUUUGAGUACUCUGACAACAUUUUUGGACAUCUUUAAGGAUGUCUUAUCCCCUUGUCAUUGGACCACAUCAUUCUUUGCCAAUACGCUUCCUUUGUGUUUGCAGUGGAAAAUCUCACUCCCAUAUCUUUUGGCCACUGAAAGAUGUCAACAACAUGCGUUUUCACUUUUUGCCUGAUGUUCUCUGGUUAUAUAUAAUAUAUGCAUAUUUCACAAUGUGAGAACAGUAUUACCUACUGUAUACCAUACUGUCUGUCUGGAAACUGUCAUUUUUCCUGUGAUGAAAGCAUUGUCCAGGAUGUCCUGUUUGAGGAGUGAGGGCCCAUACCUUUUGAUUUUGUACAUCAAAUGGAUUGAUAAUACAUAAUACACUGUAUUGUCAAUGAUAAGUUACAUUGUUAUAAACAAUUGGUUCUUAUUUUAAAUGCAGAGGUUGUUGUUUUUGGAAUAAAAUAGAAUAAAAUGUCAUAUUUUG